GCUGCUGUAGGUGUGGCCAUGGUUCUAAUACUGUUGGUGGCCAUUCCCCUGCUGGUCCACACCACUAAAGGGGGGAACGCCGGAAAUGCAGGGAGCCAUUAUGAAAUGCUUGGAAGUUGCAGGAUGGUAUGUGACCCCUACGCUACGUCUCAGCCCGGCCAGGAGCUGACAGCUGUGUCUCCCCCGCCCCAGGAUUACUCUGGGAAGAAGCUGAAGUCUGGUCUUCGUGGGCCUCCGGGGAUCCCUGGCCCUCAAGGAGCACGAGGACCCCCUGGAGAGCCCGGUAAACCAGGGCCACAGGGGCCCCCAGGUCCGGGUCCUGGUGGUUAUUCUCCUUCGCUCUACACCCCCAAAAUUGCCUUUUAUGCAGGGCUACGCAAGCAGCACGAGGGGAGCGAAAUACUGAAGUUCGAUGAUGUGGUGACCAAUGUAGGUAACUACUAUGAGCCCAGCACCGGCAAGUUCACCUGUCCUCUGCCUGGCAUCUACUUCUUCACCUACCAUGUUCUAAUGAGAGGUGGUGAUGGGACCAGCAUGUGGGCGGACCUGAAGAAGAACGGACUGGUAAGAGCCAGCGCCAUCGCUCAGGACGCUGAUCAGAAUUACGACUAUGCCUCCAACAGUGUGAUCCUGCAUUUGGACGUGGGUGAUGAGGUGUGUGUGCAGCUGGACGGAGGGAAGGUCCACGGAGGGAACACAAACAAGUACAGCACUUUCUCCGGCUUCCUCAUCUACCCAGACUGA